CGAUGGCUGUCUUGAAUGCCCAACAAUAAUUGCUUCUUCGACCUAAGAAAUAAUAGAAAGUGAACAUAAAUUUGGUCCUGAUUGAUAACAUUGCUUCCAAACUAGGAUCCUUUUUAUACAGGACUUUUAUUUAAUAAUGGUAAAGUAUAAUAUUAACAACUCGAACCCUCCAAAGACGCUCUACUUCGUCACUUACGAAUACGAUUUCUAAAGGCGGAAGGAGCCCCAGGGGGCAAGGCUUUCUAUAUGGAAACGGAACGGGGAAGAUGCUCGUCGUUUCUGAUAAAUAUGCUGACGUCAGUAUUUUAUGGUUGGACUCGUUGUGUAAAACGUGUACAUACCUUUGGGUGCUGGCAUAAAUAACUAGUGAAGAAAAUGCCUACAGCCAAAGAACUGAUCAAAAUGCUAAUGAAACUUCACAAUGCUAAGAGGGCAAAGUAUGUUGCUCCUUAUGUUGGUGUUAAGCCUGGCGGCUAUGCUGAACAUGAUAAACUACUCGGGAUUUCUGUUCCAGACAUACGGAAAAAUAUAAAAUUGUUUCUAGGUUUACCAUUAAAUGAAGUAGAAAAACUGAUCAGGUCAGAAUAUCAUGAAAUACGAAGCGCAGCUGUGUACAUUUUGGUAUUUCAAUACAAAAAAUUGAAAGAUCGAAAAGACCAAAAGAGAUUUUUCAAUUUUUACAUUAAAAAUGUUGAACUUGGUUAUAUUAAUAAUUGGGACUUUAUUGACAUAAGUGCCCCCUAUAUUACUGGACCCUAUUUAUAUGAUCAAGAAAAUCAAGGAAGAACUGUUUUACUUAAGUAUGCAAAUUCACCGAAUGUUUGGCUUAGGCGUGUGGGUGUUCUUUCCACAUUUUACAAUAUAAAACAAAAUGAAUUCAACGUUAUGUUAAUUUUGGCUGAAAAAUUAUUAAACGAUGAACAUCAUCUGAUUCACAAAGCAGUUGGAUGGAUGUUACGUGAAAUUGGUAAAAAAGAGAAAGAGCAGUUAACACAGUUUUUAGACCUCUACGGCAAAGACAUGCCACGUGUCAUGUUAAGGUACUCCAUUGAGAAGUUGUCGAGAAGUGAAAGAGAUCAUUAUUUGGGAAAAUAGUCUCUGUCUUGUAAAAAUUUUGUAUAUAAAUUUAUAUAUAUACCAAAACUUUUAAAACUGGUUGUAUAAUGCACUACUGUGGUGGAAAAUCAUACUAUGCAUAAAAUGCUAAAAUAAAUUUCACGGAGAAACCAGUUAUUGGACAUAUAUCAAGUUUAUCACGCAACUGCAAUCUAUAUUGUACUCCAGGUUUUGCAAAAAGUUUUAUUUACCAGAUAUAAAUACCAUGCAGCAUAUGCUUUAUAUUUAUAUAUAUUAUUUGCUACAUUUUUUAGUAAAUUUUACAUUGUAAUUGUUUUUGUUGUAAUAAUAUUUCCAAGGUCAACAUAUUUUGCUUACCUGUAAGGUAUGAUGCUUUUUGUCA